GAGCCGGUGUCACGGCGCGCCUCGCCUCUGUGAUCUCGCUCCUGCGCCUCGGGACCGAGACGAAGCCUCCCAGCGACGCUGCUUUUCCUCUUCAUAUUCACUGCGAACAUCUGAAGCCUGGCAGGAAUAAACCUUUGUUUCCCGAGGAAAGGCUCGGACACAGCAGGGUGCAGAACGGCGGGGUGAAGAGCGAGGUUGUUCGGAUUAUUACAGCCCGGGACAGUGGACGUUAUCCCCCACGCAGAAGAGGACGGUACUUUGACUUACUUUGCGGCGCUGUUUGUGUCCGGGAUGUUAAAUAAAGCCUUAAAUUGUCGCCUUAUUGGUGGAAUAUAAAGCCCUCAGGUUUGCCCCGGGCGGAUGAACACACUUUCGGAGCGCUUUGUGCAGACGGUAGCUGGAGCAAACACUAAACCUCCCUGCAAACCGGGAAGCUGGAUCAGGAUGCGUCUCUGAAGCGAGCCGGCUGUUGAGAUCCGACCUGCUGUAGUUUCGGGGAUGGGAGACGGGAUGACCCUCAGCGAUGUGGUGCUGGUUCUGGUCCCGAUGUGCUGCCUGAUGUCCGGGGGCUGCCUGACAGCGACUCUGGGUGGACUCGGAGGUACAGCCCCCAUUCUGGACCAAAAGACAUUCAAGAGUGUGACAAACGUCAGCACCUACCUGCUGCACCCUUCUUCCGGCACCCUUUUCCUGGGCGCCAGGAACGCCAUACUAGCUGUAGAUACCAGGGACUUGAACCAACAACCAAAAAAGAUUGUUUGGGACGUGCCGGAAGAGAAGAGGAAGUCUUGUGUGGGGAAAGGAAAGACGGAGGCUGACUGCAACAACUACAUCCGUCUGCUGGAAUACCUGAAGGAUGGUCGAGUCUACGCCUGUGGCACCUACGCCUUCGACCCCCAGUGUGCAUUCUUGCACCUUCCCUCCUUCACCUUGGAAAAAACAGAGGACGGAGCAGUGAAGAUGGAGACCGGGAAGGGCAAGUGUCCCUUUGAGCCCAGUCAGCGUUACACAGCUGUGAUGGCAGAUGGCAUCUUAUACACAGCGGCCACCAGCAACUUCCUGGGGACGCUCUAUGACAUAUCCAGGGCAACGGGCCCCGAGCAGGAGCGCGUCCGAACGGAUCAAUCCAUCAACUGGCUCAACGACCCGGAGUUCGUAAGCUCCGCCUACAUAGAGCAGACCCCGGACAGCAACCCGACAGGAGACGACGACAAAAUCUACUUCUUCUUCACCGAGAUGGCCAAAGAGCACGACCUGUACACCAAGGUGCCGAGGGUGGUACGGGUCUGCAAGUCUGAUGUGGGGGGGAUGAAGACGCUGCAGCGACGGUGGACCACUUUUCUGAAGGCCCAGCUGGUGUGCGAGGACAAACCCAGCGGUCAGCGCUACAACAUCCUGACGGACGUCUUCACGGCUCAACACUCCCCAGGAGACCCCAGCAGCACCCACUUCUACGGGCUCUUCACCUCCCAGUGGGAGCCCAAUGAUGUUUCAGCUGUGUGUGUUUUCAGUCUGUUUGACAUCAGCAAAGUGAUGGACGGUCCUUUUAAAGAGCUGAAGAAGACAUGCGAGAACUGGAACAGUCCUGAGACGGUCCCCACACCAAGGCCAGGCCAGUGUUUGAACAGCGCUCUAAAGGCUCAAGGAUUCGAAUCCUCCUUGAAACUUCCCGACAAGGUGCUGACCUUUGUGAGGGACCACCCUCUGAUGGAGAACAGCGUCACAGCAGCGCCCCUGCUGGUCCGGAAGGGAAUCAAAUACACCAAGCUGGCUGUAACGCUGAUGGGCGAGGCAGAGGACCAAAAGGGAGCUGUCCUUCAUCUUGGAACAGAUCGUGGUGAGCUCCACCAGGUGGCGGUAGCGGGCCAGAACGCAACUUUGCUGCAAGAGAUUCCUCUUUUCUCGCCACAAGAGCCUGUCAACAACAUAUUACUGCAUCAGGGCCGAGCGCUGGUGGGGAGCCCGCUGUCUGUGGCCAGAGUGCAGGCGGAGGGCUGCGCUCUGUAUCCCAGCUGUGAGGUCUGUGCCAGAGCCAGAGGAGUGGGCUGUGAGUGGAGCGCAGAGGACAAGGUGUGCAGGUUCACAGAAACAGAGCCUGGUCCAGGUGAUGUUGUGGAUGAGGCCUUGAAAAAGUGUGAUGCAGAAGCGGGACGAUGCACUCCAUUCCUCAAGGACCUGAAAGUGUCCAUCGGUCUGCGGAUCCUGUUGCCGUGCGUCCAGCUGUCUCCUCGGCCGUGCAGCUGGGAGUAUCCCCCCCACAGGCACACCAGGCAGCACCACUCUGACCUGGCGGUGACCGUGACAGAGGACAACUUGGGCAAAUACGUCUGCACUUGUCAGGAAGGAGGACCCAACAUCCGGGACCCGACCCCCUGCCGCCGAGCAGCUUUUUUCCUGAGCCUGGAGGGCCCGAAUGUUGAAGGAUCAGCGGCCCUGGCGGGAAACCGACACGUCUUGGCGAUCUACAUCUUUUUCUUCUUCAUGGGCCUGGUGAUGGGAGCGUUCCUCCUCUACUUUGUGAACCGCAACAAAACCCCCACGUCGUCGGACCAGCCGGAUCAUCUGCUGUCGCCGGGAAAGGGGCAGAACCUGCUGGGCUCCCUGACAACCCCCCAGUCCGAAACCAGCUCCAGCCUGUUGUCCGAGGGGAUCCGGCCGACGGAGAAACAAAACGGCAAGGCGGCUUUGAGCUCGACCGCUCCGCUGCUCGGCAGUCAGGGUAACGGGGGCCACCACGCCAACAGCGUCGCCGGCGGCAGGAUCAGCAGCAACCCCAGCAACGGGCAUUCCCCGUUCACCAGCUACGACACAAGCAGCGGCGGGCUGCAGCUCCACUCGGAAAUCCUGGUGGCCAACGCGCUGGGGGUAAGGACGGGGUUGAGGGAGCCGUCGCGGCCAGAGACGGAAGAGAAGGGGUCCGGAGAGGGAAACGGGGUGGAAGAUGUGCUGGGAGACAGGAUGAAAGGACUGGAGGACGAGCUGUCCAGUUUUCAAAUGUUGGAAUAUCCAGCACCGCUGGCCCCGUGUGAAGAAAGCUCAAUAUAAAAGGAGAACAUUCUGCAAGCAAACUAAAUGCCACUUUAGGUACUGCCAAAUGCCUUUGAAUGGGGAGCUGUGGCACGGAGAGCGAGAGACUUACAGAGAUCUACGAGCCUAUAUGUCAGAGUCUGUGAGAGAACGUCUACUGACGGACUGAAAUGUUCGAUGCGGUAAACGUAGACACUCAGGAGAGCCACAGCUUACGUUGUUCGGAUGUAAAUUUUUAAAUGUAAACGACACUGUUGUGAACACGAACGUCAGCUGUCAUGCAACUCCAAUGUUUCAAGCAGAAUCAAAGAUGAAACGCCUACCUGCGUAGACGUGGAAAAGCCAUAUUUUGUUGUCGUUGCCGUCUUUCAUUCAGCCGUACCGAUGGGAACCGCAAGAGGAAAAGUGCACUUUCAGUCUUAGCUCGUGUCUUCGUUAACCAGGCGUCACUAAUCCUCUGUCUGUGGUAGCACCGCUAACACCGCACGCCCCGACCGAUCCAAAGGCCGAACAGGGGCCCGGUUCUUCUACGCCUUUAGAGAUGAGAGAGAUGUCACUGUCAGAGACGAAAGAACCAAAGACAGGGCUGUUUCUGUCAACGCGACUGUAGUUCUCCAGAGGCUGAUUCAGGAUCAGGUUACUGUCAGCGCCUGAGCGAGGGCUGACCCGCCGUCCGGAUUAUCGGUACAAGUCGAAUGACAAAUGAUGUCUUAAAGGAUGGACCUUUUUGUAAUCCCGAGCCACCUUCACCUCAUUUUCUGAGUGGAUUUCAACGUAAACGUAUCGUUGUUUCUUUGUCAUGUGUUUUAUAAUAAAGAAAAUUAAAACAGUAAA